UGCCAAGACCAAUGCGCCCUUGCGAGGGAAAGUGUUUCAUAUAAUAUUGGUCCAACGAUCAGCAACAAGUUGACCUGUGAACUCAGUAAUUCAGAUCACUUGCAUCACCCAGAAGAUCUCAAACCAAGAAAAGACUGGAUCUACAGAGGCACACAGGUAGGACGUUCAAUGGCUCAACCCAACUUUAAGAAUUCACUAUCACUAUGUAGCAACGAUUUGCUUGAAUUUUAUUUUAAAACGGUAUCAGUUAUGAAGUUAAUGGGUCUACUGGAGAUGCAUACAAUAUAGGUUGGUUCACACUAGCCGUUAUACCCAUGAGUAAAUGCCUGUUAACCACGGGGAAGCAAUUUUUUUGGUGUCCGAUUUUCCCAAAAUGAAAUUAUUGCUGGUAAAAUUUCCAUGGGUACAUAAAAAAGAAUAGAAGAUGAUGAUAACAAACUAAGAUGCUGAUUUUUCCAUACAUUUCUUUCAAAUUAGAAUCCUUGCGCCACGAACCCCUGUCUGAACCACGGGACAUGCUACAUGGGAUAUACUGAGAAAAAAUACGUUUGUGUUUGCUCAGCUGACUUUAAAGGUGAAAACUGCGAAGGUAAAACGUGUUCUGCUAACUUGAGUACAACCUUGUAUUUACUAAAAUUCUCUUAUUUAUACCAAGGGUUUAUGACACACAAAAACAGGUAUUAUGAUCAGUGAAACGAUGCAAGAAGAUCCUCCGGGACGACAAUGGAGUGUUGCAGAAAAUGCAAUCGAACCCGCUAUUUCGAACUCGGUUAAUUCGAAGUCCCCGCUAUUUCGAAGGAAGAUCGAAUUCCCUUGGAUAUACCCCUCCCCUUUACACUUCCCUAGUUAUUUUGAAACCCCGCUAUUUCGAACUUUUUUGGGACUUCGAAAUAGGGGGGUUCGACUGUAAUAUCAAGACGUUGUUAAAGUCUUGUCGUUGUUGUUUUCUUCGGGUUAAAACUUGCAGGAGAGCGUGCUAUUUGUAAUUUUUUGUUGCCACCCUUAACUUCCAACAUUCGGGGUGGAACCCCACUUUACGAACACCCAUAUAUUCGGACAGUUUCGUUUGUCGUAACCAAUCAAAUCAGCACCAAUCCCAAACUUUCAAUGCUCCCCCUCGGGUUAGUGCCUAAGAAAGAUGGCAUCUGGUGCCUUAUCACUGAUAUCUCUUCUCUCCUCGGUUCUUCAAUUAAUUAUUACAUACCUAAGGAAGCCUUCACCUUACACUACGCUACCUUCCACCAAGCUCUCUCUCUAGUUGCACAUCAUCACGGCCCUCAUGGCCAAACUAGAUCAAACACGCCUUCCGACACUGCCCAAUCUGCCCGGAGAACCGCGAGCCACUCAGUAUCCAGUCGCAGGGCAACUUUUACAUCGAUCUCCGCCACCCCUUUGGCUUGCGCUCCCAUUCCUUGCCCCUCGCCCCUACUUCUGUAGUCACUUGGCCGACCCCUGUGAGUGGCUCCUGAAGAACAACUAUCACUUUCAAGACCUCAUGCAUGAACUUGUGAUAACUAUUUUACGGUUGGUUCCCCUAAUUCUUCGGUGUGCGCCCAGAAUGUGGAAACCAUCCCUGAUGUAGCUUCUCAAGUGGGCAUACCCCUGACCCCAGACAAAUUUGUAGGACCCACCACUCGCUUGCUUUUUCUAAGUAUCCUCACCCUUCUUGCUGAAUCGCAAUUCCUCCCCCGACCAGCAAUGUUAUCUCUGUAAAUAUAGGUCUCAAAACAGCUCUAUACUGCACAGAAACAAUUCCAAAGAUUUCCCAAAGAUUCAUGUGUAAUUCUAACCUGAAUUUAUCUAGAAAAGCUCAGAUCAUUAGCUCAUAAAACUAGACCAUUCACCCAAAGAUUUCAAAAAAAGCCAAUCACAUGUUACCCGGAUACUUUAAUACAUUAUCAAAAGUCUCCAGGGCGUUUUUCCAGUUCGCUAAGAUCCGCAUGAGAAUAAGAAUGUUCUUCGCCCCGGUUUGCCAUUUUAACAAAAAUAAUGGUAAAGUCAUCUCCAUCCGUCUGACAGUUUACAAUUUCUAUGCGGUGUACAGGGCAUAUUGAAUAAUGAAGCUCCGCAUGUUGUGUGAAAAUUAUCAUUCUAAAAUUAAUUGUGGACAUGUUCUCUCUGUAGUUGGGUUAUCAUGCAGCUAUCUUAAGAAGGGAGACCCUACAACAGCAAGUGGAAAUUACAAUAUUGAUCCAGAUGGCGAGGGAGAUCUGGAGCCAUUCUCAGUGUACUGUGACAUGACCAACAAGAAUGGGGUUGGUGUGACAGUCAUAAGUCACGACAGUGAGAGCAGGACUACUGUGGAUGGAUAUGAAGGUAAAGGUAGUUACUCACGUGAUAUUAAUUACACAAGAGCAAAUCUAUUUCAGCUGGCCAGUCUCACCAGUGUCUCCUUACACUGCGAACAGUUUAUCAAGUACGAGUGUCAAGACUCAGGUUUUUGGUUUGGCGAUCCAUACGGAUGGUGGGUGUCGCGUGAUUCUACUAAGAUGACCUAUUGGGGUGGAUCAUCGCCAGGAAGUGGCAAGUGUGCAUGCGGGAUGAACAACUCAUGUGCAGCAAACGGACGCUGUAACUGUGAUGCGAAUGACAAUGUAUGGCGUGAAGACAGCGGUCUCCUCACUGACAAGACAAAGCUUCCAGUAAAACAGCUCAGGUUUGGUGAUACAGGUGGAAGUCACGAGAAAGGCUACCACACUCUUGGAAAAUUCAACUGUUAUGGCACAGCAUAA